AUGCUGUUUGUCUGUGUGAAGCUGGCAUGGCCUCCUUCCUCUGCUCCUCUGCAUCUGUUCGUCAUUAUGUUAGGAGGGGAGGGUAUAAAGCAGGGUGCUGACGGGGCUGGGCCCCAGUGCCUGGACCAUCAUGGAGGCUGCACUUUGGGGGUGCCUAAGUUUGCUCUGUCUGCAGGGCAGCUUUCUCCAGCUCACACAUGGUGCAGACUGUCCUGGGACAUCACAGGGGGAGGACUGUGUCAGUGGGCAGACCACCGGAGGAAAGGUAAGGGAUUGGAACUCCAGGUUGUUCUGUUUUGUGGAUGAGCUCCUUUGAUCAGGUACAAGGAGUUGAAAAGUGUUGGUACUGAAAGGAGAGAUCAGGGGUGAGGGUUUUUUGUACGGAUUUUAUUAUGUAUUUCAUUAUUUUCAUGAUGAAACGUGUUGAAAUGGCUUUUUACAAGCUAUUCGAAACACUUCCCCAGACUCUGCAGUAGCAACAUUAGCUCAGAAGCCAAAGAAAGCCAGUAACUGCUAUGGAAUGCUUUCUGUGUUUCCAUGUAGUGUGUGUAUGUAUAGUGGUUGAGGAUGUGAUAUUUUGAGUGGAACACAUGCAUGGACUUAAACAGAGUUACACAUUCCAGUAACCUGGAAACAUAAACUUAUUUUAGUCAGGGACAAAGUCUCAUUGUAUUGUAACCUAGUCUCCAGUAAUACUACUACCACUGCCCUCGAAAAGACCCUCGAUGGAACAAACUCUCUGCAGACUUUUCGUGUGGCCACAAAGCUGUUUGAGCUGCCAUAUUUGCAGUCGACAUUCUUUGUGGACAUUCUCCACGUUCUGUCCAACAUAAUCAUCCUCAUCUGGCCAAUAGACACAGCAGAUGCAGCAUUUCAAAUGAGGAUUUUCACCAACAACAUGAAAGACUUUGAGUCAAGAUGUGUUUUCCGUGCGGGAGGUUUUAUGAGUUUUGUGUGUAAUUAUACUAUUACAGAGUGUGCAGUUAUAAACUUCAGAUGUGGUUGGAGUCUCUUUAGCCUUGGGCAGCAUUAUUGAAGAAAUCUCUGUUGAAUUCAGUGCUGUGCCUUUUGCCUCAAAGGUCAUAGUGAAUGUGGAUAAUGGAACAGUGGUAAUUGACGGUGCUCGCCAACAACUAGCACAGAACAAAUGGGCUAUCCAGAAUGUUUUCAUAAUAGCGAAAUGAAAAAAGAACAGGGAGCCUCCUUGUAAUGAGGGAUAGGUGAUCCUGAAGAGCACACCUUGUGCACUGGAGUGUGGGGUGUAUGUACGGACCUUUGUACACAGUAUGGCGUCCAUAUUAGGACAGCCAUAUCAGUCUCAGCAGGAGUUGUUUCAGUCUCAGCAGAAGUUGCCUCAGGGAGAGAUAUGUUUAUGGAGGAGAUGUACACCAUGGAAGGGGAAAUAUAAACUUUGUUCUAGUGAAGCCUACUCCUAACUCCAACAAUAUGAUCACUGUUUUACCUCACUCAUCCUAACAGGAUAUGGUUAAUGAAUUGUCUCAGUUAACCUAAUGGUAACACUUUAAAUUAUGAUUAUUUUAUUUGUAUUUCCUCUUUUUUUUUGGGGGGGGGGGGCACUUGAAGUUACUGUUAUACCUGUGUAAUAACAAUGUAAUUACACAAGUAACGACAUACAAACAUGCAACAUAACAAUUUUGUAAUUGCAUAUGAGUGGGGUUGAGGUGUUACAUAUGUGGAAUAAAGAAUACAUGUUGUUAAAUGUUCGUUUUUUUCACAUGGUAAAAUUCUCUUCUCUCAGAAUGAUGGGCUUGUGCGGCUGAUGCCAUCUACUGCAAUAAAGACCCAUACCAAGAAACAGCGACAGGUAUAUGAGCCUCCCUCCCCACAAAGACAUCCUACCACAGUCUGUUCUCUGUCACAGAGGGCUCCCACCUUGUACUGGAUUACUUCCCACUCUGGGUUGGUGUAUGCAUGACAUAUGGUUGUAUAAUGGUAACUUCCAGGAGGCAUAUCAUUCCAAUGAGACACUAAGAUCAAUGCAACUAAAAUGCUUGUUGUCCCAAGAUAUUGAAUAUUAAAUAUAAAUUCACCAAAGUCAUUGCACACACACACACACACACACAGACAUGAUGCAUGUGGAUUCAGUGGAUAAGACAUCUAUCUGAUGCUCUGACUGCAGCCAGAAGUAUUUGGCUGCUGUUAAUACAUGUACAUUUACGGAAGCAUUUCAUUUCCCCCAAACUGCAUUAAUGAUUUGAAUGUAAUAUCUUUCUUAUGCCCAACAGAAAGGACGACCUGGGGCACUCUCUGCACUUGGUGUAAGACAUUUAUAUAAAUUAGGCUACCAAGAACUGUAAUACAAUACAACCAAUUAGCCUUGAACUAACUAACUAACUUGAAUUAACUGUAAUUGUACAUAGUUAUGCAACACUACUGUGUGCUGAAAAUGUGUCAUUAGGAUACACACACAAACAGUGCUAUUAACAUAGUGUUUUCAACGUACAUAUUUAACACACUUUGACAUACAUGAACCACAACCUCGUUUCAUGGCAUUCUAAUCUUCCUGCUACGCCACUGUGUCUGUGUCAAUGACUGACUUCACCUGUAUUCCUACUCUUUGGACUUACUGGAUACACUCAAGAAAAACGGUUAUAUGUAUCAUAGUGAUUGAGGAGUAACAUUGAAACAGAAUAAUAUGCCCCACCAACAUUAAACAACUACAUAGAAAACCCUCAAAUUGCUGAAAUAAUUAAAUGAAAUCAAUGAUGAUAGAAUAGUCAGAUUAACUGUUAACUAAAAUAGAAGUGCAGAUGGAAGUAUUUUGCUAAGUGCAGAGAUGUACUAUAGGUAAUGAAUGUGUAGAGGAAUACUACAGACUGUGGCAGAGCAGAAGGUUCAGUGUACCCCAAAUCCAGAGGUUGUGAGUUCAAGUCCCAGGUGGGGUCAUAUUGAAAAGUCAGUGCUAAGUGAUCAUGUUAAAUGUAAUCAUAUUGUCAUUGAUUAAAGAUUUUUUACACUAUUUUAGCUGAACAGCGUACCACUUACAUUAAAACCCCCAUAUAAUUUCAUUAAUUUACAAAAGAAAACGAAUAAUUUGCAGUUUCACAUGUGGAAAUUGCAUUUAGCUGUUUUCACAUGUUGAGCAGAAAUGUUCACAUGUAAAAAAAUAGAUAUUAUGCUUUUCAUCCCUCUAAAAUGGCUCCAUGUUAAUUAAGAAUGUCAUUAAUGCCUCUUUUAUGUCUUAAUAGUUGUUGAUAGGUAACGACAUGCCAUCAGAUGUGUCAUUGGACAGAAAGAAGAGACAGUCGGGGUGGAACUCCAUCCUUCCUGGGUCCUUCUCAGCCAAGGGCUUCCCCAACACACUCAUCGAAGUUCAGGUAAGACUGGAGAAAAGGAAGGAUAUGGGCGGAGGGAGGGGUCUCAAAUGAUCCAAUGGGGCUGUUGUGUUGUCAUUUUUGCGAAUCCUUAGAAACAGUGGAGUAAGCAAGAAUGCGAUGGUGUACUGGAGGUUUUUUAUCCUGAGUUGUUUUCGUGAAGCACUUGGUGUGCUAACACACCAGUGAUGGCUGGUGUCAUUUUAAAUAGGAGGGGCUCAUUGUAAUGCCUGGGAUGGAAUAAAUGGAACCGCAUUAAACACAUUAAAGACAUGGUUUUCAUGUUUUUGAUACCGUUACAUUUAUCCAUUCCAGUCAUUAUUAUGAGCUGUCCUCUCUUCACCAGCCUCCUGUGUAACAUACAGUAGCCCCUUCUAGUUUCUAAAUGAUCCCACGGGAAUGUUGUUCCUCCAGACAGAGCGGACCAGGAGACACCUAGGCCAGUCUGGGACCAAGAAGAAGAACAAGCAUAAAUCCAGAGUGGGAUCCUUCUCUCUCCUCAGCAACAACAACCCCAGAACCUCCCUACAGGUACACAACAUUGCCAUGACAACCCAGGAGCAGACAAUCACAUGAUACCGGUCCAUAUGUUAAUAUCAAAACUUUUUGUUUAGUGAGGUCCUCAAACACACUGAUGAUAUCAUACAGUACAUGUACGGUGUCCAUAUUAGGACAGCCUCAGUCUCAGCAAGAGUUACUGAGAGGCUAGCUUAGUGAUGGUUGGUCAACCUGCAUUCAGCCUUGUGUCAUUGAAGUGUUACGUCAUGUCAUUGUUCUUCCAGGUAACCAGAGUACGGAGGCAGGUGCAGAAUGAGAGGAAGAAGGUCAAGCCAAGAGGACGACCAGGAGCGUUCUCUGUUCUGGCACGACCCAGCAAAUCUGCAUCCUUGGUGAGACCCAUGCCACCCUCCCCACAUCCCUCACUCCCACCUGAGUCAAUCAAUCAACUAACCAGUCAAUCAAACUUUUUUUGUCCCCUGAGCUAAAUUCUGUUUGCAAGCAUACAAAACAGUGAAAAACCAAUCACACAAAAUAGUUCAAAACAGUUUACCCCUCUGUUAAAUUCACCUCUAUCUGAUUUGUAACUAUCUAGUCUAAAGUAAAUGUUUGAUGUGAACAAAUGAAUAACUUGACUCUUUCCCUAGGGACAGAGACGCAAGAGGAGCGCACAGAAGAAGAAACAGACCAAGAUAAUUGUUUGUUCCUAAACAAGUUACUUUGCUGAAGUGCUAGUGCUUCAAUAGUUCAUAAACUGUACAUUAUAUAUUCUCUUUGCAAACAUAUUGGUUUUAUGUAUAUUAUUAAUAUAGUCUUUUCUGAUAUUUUUCUGAUAUUUUUAAACAUCAUUUUAUUUUUUAAAAGGUGAUUAUUUGGUAAUUCUGUGCAUAUAUCAGAUUCAAAUGAAGUCAACAUGUAUGAAGAUACUUCAUGAGAACUUGUCCCAAUAUAAGGCUACAGAGGGCUGGAUUCGAACCAGGAUCUCCCGAGUGGUGCAGUGGUC